AGCCACUGCCAUGCUGGCCCGAGCGCGACUAGCAUGGCCCCCCGACCAAAUGUAGGGACUUUUUCAUGGGCGUGCACCGAUGCACGCGAUGUGUACCGCCUCCACCGUUUUUUGUGCUGGUGCUCAGUAGCUUCAGAGUUCCGACAAGUGCGGCCCUGUGGACUGCGAGAGGUGCGCGGCAUGCGUCUCCAGAAGAUCCUCCAAAGAGAGAGGUGGUAGUCAAGCAAAUCCGAAACGAUAUCACAGAAGUGGGCUCGGAAAUAAGGGCCGUAUUCAAUUCCAGUAUAUCUAAGGCAGUUGCUGACGACUUUGACAGAUUUGGUUACAUAUGGAUGGGUGGAUGGCGCGUCAGGUGGCCUGUGCUCAUCGUUGAACUGAGUGAGCUUUUCAUAUGUCUCGCGUGGUUAGUAUAUUAUGCCGUCUUUCUGCAUAAGGAUGAGAAUCCGCAGAUUUUGAGAGAUUGGCAUGCCAGGGUUGAUCAUCACGAUUAUGUGGGAAGCCCGUUACGAGGAUGCGCCAACAUCAACCGUGAGGAUUCCGCCGAGCUGGAACCAGACCUCGUGCUCGUAUUCCAUCAUCCAGACGCCGCCCAUCCAGACGACCUUCAGGACAUGUCGCUGGAAGACGUGAUCCAUGUGAUUCAUCCAUCCCUUCGGCUGGACCACAAAAGCGCGUCAAUCCCGUUGGACGCCGUGCUCUCCAGGAUGUUGUCCACGCUCGGCGUGCAGGCGUCGGAGUUGUGGAGCGAUCAGGGAGACGCGGAGACCGACCGCUGGAAGCAGAUUUUGAGUCGAAGUGUUCGCCAGCCCAGGCGGCAGCUGCGGACAUGUUUCCUGCAAGAUGUGGUUCAACUGCUGAGCGAGAAUAUGCACUUCCACACGGAGGCCUUCCGGUCAGAGAGCGGCACGGGGCUGCACGUGGCCGUCAGUUUGAGGAGCCCGGAGGUCACGCGCCAUUACAUCGCCAAGAACGACAUGUACUUGCAGAUCAGGCAGGACGUGAUAAAGGAGCUCGGGGUCCACCAGCCCCGCGACGAGUUCGCCUCGUCGCCGCCCUACAUCCCCUACGACACGAAGGUCGUGCGCGAGCUGUUCGCCGCUGGGAGGCUCCCCUCCGAGGACGAGCACAAGCUCUACAAGAAGGUGGGCCCCAUGUCGUCUCGCAACCGCUUCCGCGUCAUCCACAACGAGCUCUCUGGACUCGUGGACCUCGACGCCGCGAAGGAAGCGCGAUUGAUUUUGGACUGGUACCCGUCGCACGAGAGCGCCAAGCUGGACAGGCUCUUCGACGUCUGGGGCGAUUGGCGCAACCUGGGGAUGGCCCAGCCGCUGCCCUGGAUCCGCGAGUACUUUGGGUCCAGGGUCGCCUUUCAGUUCGCCUGGAAUGGCCUCUACACGAGAGGGCUCCUUGCCCUGAUCCCUGCGGCGCUGCUGUUUGAGCUUGUGGAUAUGAGGCAGCUCCAUGGCCACAAGCGCACCAUGCCAGUUUUCGGCCCGGCGCUCGUCAUUAUCGUUUGGUCGACGGUCCUCCGGGAGGUCUGGGAUCAAGAGCAGCAUUUUUUCACCACGUUUUGGAGCCUCGAUACUGAGCGUAUGCGUCGAGCCAUGCGCCCGCAAUUCAGGGGAUCUCGUCGACCUGCGCACUACGACAAUAGCAUGUUCGAGUUGCACUGGCCCCAUGGGCGCACUUCGUCAUACGCGUUUCGAAGAUUCGUAUCGAAGGUGGUCAUGUUCGCGUUCUGCUGCAUGGUUGCGCCAAGCAUCGCCUGGUGGUAUCACACAUUUUCCCAUGAUAUGAACAUGGUCGCGUCCCUCAUUUUGAGUGUGCAAAUCGCUGUGUUGGACAAAGUGUGUGCCUAUGUUGUACGGGGCUUGACUGAUUGGGAAAAUCAUAAGUUCCAGGAUGCGUAUUUUGAUAGCUUUAUAUCGAAGAUGUUUCUUUUCCAAUGCGUCAACCACUACCUGCCCUUCAUCUACUUGGGUGUGAGGCAGGAGUUCCUGAUGCACGGCAACUGUGGGGAAGAGGUGUGCCUUUCUGUUCUGCGAAAGCAGUUGUGUUUGAGGCAGUGUAUUUGUCUUCUGGACUGUAUCUUCGCGUUCCUCGAUUCGGUGGCCCAUGUGGAGUGGCAGCUCCGCUGGAGGCGUGUGAAGUUACCGCUGUUGGAGGCGCAGUCUUACUUCGGGGAGUACCGCACCUUGCAGCAGUAUCGGCACACCAUGCGGCUGCUAAUACCCUUAGGCUCUUCGCUGAUAUUUGGAGCCGUUGCCCCGAUCAUGGUGAUCAUCAAUUUUCUCGUCUUCGCCGUGGAGCUCAGGUGUCAGGCUUACCUGCUGACGACCUACUACAAGCGGCCCGUCCCCCGCAUCAUGCAGGGCAUCGGAGAGAUGAAGCACAUCGUGGAGCGGCUGACGUUCAUCGGGACGCUGACCUCGAGCACCUUGGUGGUCUUAUUCGGCGACCUUUUCAAAGAUUCGCACAACCAGGCCAAGGUGGCGGGCUGGUGCACCUUCUACUGCCUGGCGAUCGCGAUCCAGGGCGCCGUUGAAUGGGCCAUAAAGGGAGAGAGCGAGGAGUUGGGGACCUUGAAGAAGAGGCGGGAACACGUGCAGAACCAGAUCGUGAAGAUUUGCCGGAGGAGCGUGCCACCCGUCGUUCCUCAGCUUCCAGCGCCGGACAUCAUGAACGGAGCUUGGGGUGACAUCCCGCCGCUGCGGGAGAUCCACAGGCCGGCGCGGGCCAAGGCGGACACCAGCACCGAUGGUGGAGGCCCAUCGCCGUGAGGCUGGCCCGUUCCACCUUGUCGCUUCAGAGGGCCCGGGUUCCCUCUCGCGGCGUGUGCGGCGCCCUGUGCGGUCGCGUGGUCCUUCAUGGCAGUCUCAGAGGGCCCUCGAUGCCCUGCGGUUUGGGAGGUCUCGUCCGUAUGUGGUUGACAUCGGGACGAGCGAAAUCGAGGUUAGAUUUGGCGGACGGAGAAGUGAAGGAUACACACAGUGCGCAGGGUAGUUGGUUUCGACCGUUCGCGCAGCAAGUGAGGGCACAUGCGUCUAUUUCGUAGGAUUUAGGCGGCCGUGCCAGUUUCACGAGUGGACUAAUCAGUUUGUUUGUUUCCAUCAUGUUCGCAGAGCUGGUCGCGACAUUCCGCACUCGUCUCCACCAGGGACAGACAGCGCGUAUUGUGUUCCGAACGGGUAGUUCCAGACCCAAGACGCAGAGGAUUCAUGUUUGAAGAGCGUUCGCGCAGAAGCCCUUUUGGGGCGUCUUGGACGCCCGGUCGUGUUUUGACACCCCCGCUCCCACCCCCUCCCAGCUUCCCCACCCGCCC